GAGUUAAUUCAGGGAGGCACGCAAAAUACAUUUUUCUUUCAGCCAAAUAGAGGCUCGUCGCCCGGGCCUACAGCUGCUGCUUCUUCUUCUUCUUCUUCUUCUUCUUCUUCCUUUCCUUUCCUUUCCUCUUCCUCUUCUUCUUCUUCUUGCUAUGCAUCGCGUAAACCCUAACUAGGCACGGUCGAUUGGACGAAAUCGAACACCGCAGUACCGCUCGCCGAUGGAGGACUCGGAGGGAGUUCUCAGCUUCGACUUCGAGGGGGGACUCGAUGCCGGCCCCACAAAUCCCACCGCCUCCAUGCCCUUGAUCCAGUCCGACUCCUCCGCCACCGCCUCCGCGUCCGCUGGAGGAGCCCCCGUCCCCGGAGCUCCUGCCUCCGAUCCUGCCGUCGGAAACCAUGGCGGCCGGCGGAGUUUCCGGCAGACCGUCUGCCGGCACUGGCUUCGCAGCCUCUGCAUGAAGGGCGACGCUUGCGGCUUUCUCCACCAGUACGACAAGUCCCGCAUGCCCGUCUGCCGGUUCUUCCGGCAGUACGGGGAGUGCCGCGAGCAAGACUGCGUGUAUAAGCACACCAACGAAGAUAUAAAAGAGUGCAACAUGUACAAGUUGGGAUUUUGUCCAAAUGGUCCUGAUUGCCGGUAUAGGCAUGCAAAGCUGCCUGGACCUCCACCUCCUGUUGAAGAAGUUCUUCAGAAAAUUCAGCAUCUAAGUUCUUUCACUUAUGGCAACAACAACAGAUUUUUCCAAAACCGAAAUACUGGUUUUUCUCAACAAGCAGAGAAGUCACAGUUUCAGCAAGGUUCAAAUGCUGCCAAUCAAAGUGCAAUUGUAAAACCUUCAACAACAGAGCCCUCUAAUGUGCAGCAACAAGAAGUUCAACAAUCUCAACAACUGGUCAGCCAGUCCCAUUUACAAAAUCUUUCAAAUGGUCAGCCAAAUCCGGCAAACAGAACUGCAACACCUCUUCCCCCGGGGGUAUCUAGAUAUUUUAUUGUUAAAAGUUGCAACCGCGAAAAUUUGGAAUUAUCUGUACAACAAGGGGUAUGGGCAACUCAAAGGAGCAAUGAAGCUAAACUAAAUGAAGCUUUUGAUUCUGCUGAAAAUGUGAUAUUGAUCUUUUCAGUUAACCGUACUCGACAUUUUCAGGGCUGUGCAAAGAUGACAUCAAAAAUUGGUGGGUUUGUUGGUGGAGGAAAUUGGAAAUAUGCACAUGGAACUGCACAUUAUGGGCGGAAUUUCUCAGUCAAAUGGUUGAAGCUAUGUGAAUUGUCAUUUCACAAAACUCGCCAUUUAAGGAACCCCUACAAUGAGAACUUGCCAGUGAAGAUUAGCAGAGACUGCCAGGAGCUAGAACCUUCUAUAGGGGAGCAGUUAGCUUCUCUCCUUUAUCUCGAGCCUGACAGUGAACUUAUGGCAAUAUCACUUGCCGCAGAAUCUAAACGAGAGGAGGAAAAGGCAAAAGGAGUGAAUCCAGACAAUGGCGGGGAAAACCCAGAUAUUGUGCCUUUUGAAGAUAAUGAGGAAGAGGAGGAAGAAGAAAGUGAAGAGGAGGAGGAGAGCUUUGGCCAAGUUCUUGGUACAGCAGCUCAAGGCAGAGGAAGGGGCAGGGGAGCCAUGUGGCCUCCUCACAUGCCACUAGCACGCGGGGCAAGGUCUAUUCCUGGGAUACGAGGCUUUCCCCCUGUCAUGAUGGGUGCUGAUGGGUUCUCUUAUGGAGCUGUUACACCUGAUGGUUUUGCAAUGCCUGAUCUUUUUGGUGUUGCUCCCCGCCCUUUUCCUCCAUAUGGUCCGAGGUUUUCUGGUGAUUUCACUGCCCCUGCUCCUGGCAUGAUGUUUCAUGGUCGCCCUUCUCAACCUGGAGCUGUCUUUCCAGCUGGUGGAUUUGGGAUGAUGAUGGGUCCAGGGCGGGCCCCAUUUAUGGGAGGAAUGGGGGUAGCAGCAACAACCCCAGCGCGAGCCAAUCGACCAGGUGGUAUGCCCCCGAUGUUUCCACCACCACCAUCUCAGAACAAUCACCGGGUUGUUAGGAGGGAUCAGAGAGCAGCAGCUAAUGAGCGGAUUGACAGAUAUGGCGCUGGCUCAGACCAGAGCAGAGGUCAGGAGAUGGCAGGCCCUGCUUGUGGGCCAGAUGAUGAGACCCAGUAUCAGCACGGAAUGAAGACACAACAGGAAGAUCAAUUUGGUUCUGGAAAUAGCUUUAGGAAUGAUGAUAGUGAAAGUGAAGAUGAGGCUCCUAGGCGGUCAAGACACGGGGAGGGAAAGAAAAAGCGUCGAAACUCAGAGGGAGACAUGACUGCUGGCACCAAUCACUGGCAGAUGCCGCUGGCUGAGCAGCAGAAUCAAUGACACCACUAGCUUUGAUUGCCUUUGUUUGUACUAAUGUUUCCCCGCCCCUCCAUUCUUUUGCAGUUGCUAUAGGUGUACGAUCAAACUAUUUUUCUCCACAGAUUGUAGUUUACUCGGAAAUUUGGGCAUCUGAAUAUUUAAGGUGGUAACAGAUAUUAUGCGGGGAAUUGUUUGGCCAAAAUGGUGAAUACUGUGUAUAUACAACCAAAUCGGUGGUAGGAUUCUGGUAAGACCGAUGGGCCAUUAGGGUGCAUUUUGUUCUUGUAUUAUUACAAUAUAUAGUUGUGCUUGCUGGAAUGGAAACAUGACAAGGCAUGCCCUCGUUGUAUUCAGUUUUCCAUCUGAUUUGGACCCGUUUAAAUGUUUGUAGAACGUUGCCAAUUACCAUUUAAUUAAUGGAAACAUACAUUUUUCCCUGACAA